AUGGAAAUACGUAAGCAUGGCUGGGAACCCGACACCGUCUAUCUUUAUCAAAUCCCUCGAGCCCGAACUACGCCACAUGUAUCGCCACAAUGUCUGAAAGUGGAGACUUUUCUGAAGGCCAACAAUAUACCGUAUGAGGUCUGUCCCAUUCCGCCAGCACGGUCACAGCACGACUUGCUCCCGUUCAUCGGGCUGAACGGCGAACAUAUUUCAGACUCGCAGAUCAUCAUCAAACGCCUCAAGAGCCAUUUCAAAGUAAAGGUAUGA